AUGGCCAGCACCCGCAUUCAAGAGCGGGGCGCUCCUGUCCAUCAACUGGCCAUUAAAGACGUCUUCAAUCACCUUUCAGAACGCGAACAGCUCUAUGCGCAUCACCUUUCCCAGGCUGCCUGGAAUGGCGCUAGGAUCAUUAUGCGCCAAGUCUCCCCGGAAGCAAUUCGGAUUUUCGACCUGAUCCUUGAACUUCACAGCUCGUGUGAUGGCCAGUGGUCUACUCUUCUAAGCGAAGGGGGUGUGACAGAGGCGGAGAUUUCAGCUUUCCUCGACUAUGCUGCACUCUUCCUAACCAACCUUGGAAAUUUCUUCGCCGAUGGGGGCACAAAGAUUAUCCCUGCACUUUCGGCAGGCGCCUUGUACAAAUUAGCCAAGAGUUCGCCCAAAGCCACAGCCAUCCUCGACGAGGUAGCCGUGGCCAUGGUUUCCGAGCUUCCUUCCAGCAUUGGGUACCCCGGGGACAGUACGCAGGCCAAUUAUUAUCCAGGGAAUGAUCGUUUGACGCGCGACGAGAUAGCCCUAGUCUCCACGUUGCUCCAGGCGCACAACAUCGAGCCUGAGAAUACCCGGGUGACAAAGACCAGUGCCAAUGGCGAACAGGUUCUACAGGUGUUGCAAGCCUCUGUGACGAAACAAUGUGUUGGAGAAUGGAAGAAUGUGGAUGAACUCGAAACAACUUUACGUGUUGAAGGCGGCGAUCAUGCUGAGGAGCUGUCGAGGAUCUGCACAUCACUUCUCGCGGCCAAGGAGUACUGUGAGAAUCAGCAGCAGGCCGUGAUCAUUGACCGCUACGUCGACAGCUUCCGUUCUGGCAGUCUUGUGGCCUAUCGUGAGUCGCAAAAGUUGUGGGUCACAGACAAGUCACCUCGCCUCGAGACUAUCUUCGGUUUCGUGGAGCCCUAUAGAGACCCGCAUGGCGUACGGGCAGAGUGGGAAUCAAUCGUGUGCAUCUCAGAUCCAAUCGAAAGUUCCAGUAUGAAGUGUCUCGUGGACAAGUCGGACACAUUCAUCCGGCUUCUGCCCUGGGCGAUUCCAGAGAUCAAUAAUGGAAGAGGGCCUUUUGAGAAAGACCUAUUUGAAGCACCAGACUUCGCAAGUGUACAUGCCCUUGCUUCGUGCUCGAGCAUUGUCUGGAGUGGUCAUAAUCUUCCCAACUACAACGACAUCAGAGAAACAUACGGCUGCAAGAACAUGGUUAUCGCUAAUCGAAUUAGUGCUGAGAAUGAUUCGGCCAGUCCGUGUCCUUACAUUGACUCGUCGGACAAAGAGCGUUUCAAGGCGUGCGUCUAUAGCAUCAAGACCAUCACAACUGCGGUGCACGAGCUACUCGGGCACGGUACCGGCAAGCUUCUCAGCGAAACAAGCCCCGGUCAAUUCAAUUUCAACAAGGAAGACCCGCCUAUUAACCCCUUGACUCGAGAGAAAGUCAGCACUUGGUACCGUCACGGCCAGACUUGGACUGGGGUUUUCGGUGAGAUUGCCACGUCCGUCGAAGAAUGUCGAGCAGAGGUGAUGUCCCUCUACCUGAUGGACAACAAAGAGCUUCUGUCCAUUUUUGGACACGAUGACACGGCUCCCAUCAGCGCUGACGAGCUUCUGUACAAUACGUAUCUCUACCUCUCAGUCGAGGGGUUGCAGGCUCUCGAGUACUACAACAUUGAGGAACACGCCUGGGGCGAGCCUCAUAGAGAGGGCCAAUUCGCCAUCUUCAACCAUCUUCUUGUCGACGGCGGUGGCGUGAUUACUGUCGAGCAUGACAAAGAAAUCGGAAAAUUGAGGGUCCGAGUUGACCGCAGUAAACUACUAACUCAUGGCAAGCCGGCAUUGGGAAGUCUACUAUGCCGUAUUCAGAUCUGGCGUUGCAUCGCAGACUUUGAAUCCUGCAGUGAGUUCUGGAAGACUGUGUCAGCUGUGUCGACCGAGUGUGAGGCCUGGAGGAAGGUGGUAUUAUCGAACCCGGAGCCACGCUGGAAGUUCGUACAAGCGAACACCUUCUUAGAAAACGGCCAAGUGAACUUGAGAACAUACGAUGAGACUAAUGAGGGACUCAUCCAGUCAUGGGUUGAGCGGGGUGUGUGA